UUCAGAGUUCCUCAGUGGUCCAUCUACCCAGCAGCAUCAAACAGCUCUGGACUCCAUACUUAUGCUGCUGGAGGACAACAUCGUCACUUUUGUGAAGAAUGAGUUGAAAAAGAUCCAGAAGUUUCUAAGUCUAGAUUUCCCAGAAUGCACAGAGAGUUGGAAAAUAGAUGAAGAGGUGUUGGAGGGUGAGGAUGAAGAGCACAUGAGGAGUAACAGAGGUGCCUUGAUGAAGAUCGCACUGAACUUCCUGAGGAUGAUGAAGGAGGAGCAGCUGGCUGACCGGCUGCAGAGCAAGCUUGUGUCCCAAGUUUGUCAUGAAAAUCUUCAAUCAUCUCAGAAGAAGAAGUUCCAGUACAUGUUUGAGGGGAUCGCUAAAGCAGGAAGUCCAACCCUUCUGAACCAGAUCUUCACAGAGCUCUACAUCACAGAGGGAGGGACUGGAGAGGUCAAUGAUGAACAUGAGGUCAGACAGAUUGAAACAGCAUCCAGGAAACCACACAGACCAGAAACAACCAUCAGACAAGAAGACAUCUUUAAAGUCCCACCUGGAAGAGAUCAGCCAAUCAGAACAGUGAUGACAAAGGGAGUGGCUGGCAUUGGGAAAACAGUCUUAACCCAGAAGUUCACUCUGGACUGGGCUGAAGGCAAAGCCCACCAGAACAUCCAGUUCAUUUUUCCAUUCACCUUCAGAGAGCUGAAUCUUCUGAAAGAGAAAAAGUUCAGCUUGGUGGACCUUGUUCAUCACUUCUUUACUGAAACCAAAGAAAUCUGCAGCUUUGAACACUACCAGGUUCUGUUCAUCUUUGAUGGUCUGGAUGAGAGUCGACUUUCUCUGGACUUCCAGAACCAGGAGAUCCUGACUGAUGCUACAGAGUCCACCUCAGUGGAUGUUCUGCUGACAAACCUCAUCAGGGGGAAACUGCUUCCCUCUGCUCGCCUCUGGAUAACCACACGACCUGCAGCAGCCAAUCACAUCCCUUUUGAGUGUGUCGGCAUGGUGACAGAGGUCAGAGGGUUCACUGACCAACAGAAGGAGGAGUACUUCAGGAAGAGAUUCAGAGAUGAGGAGCAGGCCAGGAGGAUCAUCUCCCACAUGAAGACAUCAAGAAGUCUCCACAUCAUGUGCCACAUCCCAGUCUUCUGCUGGAUCACUGCUACGGUUCUGGACGACGUGUUGGAGACCAGAAAGAGAGGAAAGCUGCCCAGCACCCUGACUGAGAUGUACAUCCACUUCCUGGUGGUUCAGACCAAAGUGAAGAAGAUCAAGUAUGAUCUAGCAACUGAUAAAGAUCCAGACUGGACCCCAGAGAGCAGGAAGAUGAUUGAGUCUCUGGGAAAACUGGCUUUUGAUCAGCUGCAGAAAGGAAACCUGAUCUUCUAUGAAUCAGACCUGACAGAGUGUGGCAUUGAUAUCAGAGCAGCCUCAGUGUACUCAGGAGUGUUCACACUGAUCUUUAGAGAGGAGAGAGGGCUGUACCAGGACAAGGUGUUCUGCUUUGUCCAUCUGAGUGUUCAGGAGUUUCUGGCUGCUCUUCAUGUUCAUCUGACUUACAUCAACUCUGGUGUUAAUCUGUUGGAGAAACAGGAAACAGCUGAGAACUCUGAAAUGUCUGAUACCAAGUCAAUAAGUUUUUACCCAAAUGCUGUUAACCAGGCUUUGCAGAGUCCAAAUGGACAUCUUGACGUGUUCCUCCGAUUCCUCCUGGGCCUUUCACUGGAGACCAACCAGAUUCUCCUAAGAGGUCUGAUCAAAAAGCCUGAACGUAGCCCAGAUACUAAUCAGAAAACAAUCAAUUACAUCAAGAAGCAGAUCAGAGGAAAUCUACCUGCAGAGAAAAGCAUCAAUCUGUUCCAGUGUCUAAAAGAACUGAAUGAUCAUUCUUUAGUAAAGGAGAUCCAGGAUUCUCUGAAAUCAGGACAUCUUUCACCACCUAAACUGUCUCCUGCUCAGUGGUCAGUUCUGACCUUCAUCAUACUGGAGAAGAUGAAGACCUCAUCAGAAGAACUGGAUGUAUUUGACCUGAAGAAAUAUUAUGCUUCAGACGAGGCUCUUGAGGGGCUGCUUCCUGUGGUUGAAACCACUAAAACAAUUCUGCUUAGAGGCUGUAACCUUUCAGACAGAAGCGUUGAUCUUCUGUCCUCUGCCCUCUGCUCUCCGGCUUCUUGGCUGAAGGAUCUGGACCUCAGCAACAACGACUUGAAGGAUUCAGGAGUGAAGCUACUGUCAGCUGGACUGGAGAGUCCACAAUGUAAACUGGAAACUCUCAGACUGUCCGGUUGUCUGAUCACAGAGGAAGGCUGUUCUUUUCUGGCAUCAGCUCUGAAAUCCAACCCCAACCGUCUGAGAGAGUUGGACCUGAGCUACAAUAACCCAGGAGAAGCUGGGAUGAAGUUAUUUUCCUUUGGACUGGAGGAUCAACACUGCCGACCAAAGACUCUUAUAUUGGAGCCUGCUGGAGUCCAAUGGCUGACGCCAGGUCUGAGGAAGUAUUCCUGUCAGCUAACAGUCGACAGAAACACAGUGAACCAGUACCUUCAACUGUCUGAAGACAACAGGAAGGUGACUGGUGUGAUGGAGCCUCAGUCUCAUCCUGAUCAUCCAGACAGAUUUGAGGUCUGGCCUCAGCUGCUGUGUAGAGAUGGUCUGACUGGUCGCUGUUACUGGGAGGUUGACUGGAAAGGGAGUGUUAAUAUUUCAGUGAGUUAUAGAGGGAUCAGAAGGAGCGGAGCAAGUGAUGAAUGUGUGUUUGGAUUAAAUGAUCAGUCCUGGAGCUUGACCUGUUCUGAUGAUGGUUUCAGCCGUCAUAAUAAAAUUAACACACCAGUUUCCUCCUCCUCCUCCUCUGGUAGAGUAGCAGUGUAUGUGGACUGUCCUGCUGGAGCUCUGUCCUUCUACAGGGUCUCCUCUGACUCUCUGAUCCACCUCCACACCUUCAGCCACACAUUCACUGAAGCUCUUUAUCCUGGAUUUGGGUUCUGCUUUGGGGUUAGACAUAAGUUGAUGCUUGGUUCUUCUGUGGUUUUAAAUGAAGUUAUGGACAAAGAGGCAUGCACCCUGGUCCAGUGAAAUAAGAAUCCUAUCUAAAACAGCUUUAAACGAUCAAAUUAACUGGUUUUAUUUCCAGUCUUUGAGAAGCUAAAUUAAAGGAAGUAUAAAUAACAGCUUCCCAUUGAGGAGGUUUGCAGAUUUUAGAGUUGAUUCAGGUUUAAUAUAGCUGAUGAGUUAAACAGCUUUAAACUGUUUCUGCAGAUCAACCAAAAACAAUGAAUCAAUCAUUUCCUGCUUUGGUGCAAUAUCUGCAGGAAGAACUAGCAACCUAAAUAAUUGUAGAGGAUAAUCACAGCCCUGUAACGAAUAAUGCUGGUGAACCUGAUAUUCAGCCGGACACAGAAUUACGUUUUUUUUCAAGGUUUAUUGUAAGGGAUGAGUAGAGGUGGCUGAGCCAGGUAUAUGUAGGCCAGUGAACAGGUGACCAGAGUUGAAUGUAAUUACUGGCAGCAGGUGUAGUUGAUGUGGGCUAAUUGACUGAUGG